AUGAUUUUUUUAGAAGAUUGCGAUCACCACCGCACAUUACUCGAGAAUGAAAAAGGACACAAUCUUGAAAAAAAAGAGCAUUUUUUCGGUCGAGGAGAUUCCAAAAUCAUCGGCAAUUUUUCGAAAGCUCAGCCAAAUAAACGUAAUUCUGUAUGGCAAAUACGUUGGGCAUCCAACGCACAAAUUUCAACUCGAGUUACAAGGUGCACUUGCAGAAAACGUAGAAACAAGCAUUUUCGAACAUCUAAAAGAGGUACGGCUCUAUUAAGGUGUAACGAGGGCACGUUUCGCGUGCGCAAGAUAUACGGAGAUGGCAAUUGCACGUUUAGAGCGAUCAGCUACAUUUUGUGGCGAAACGAGGAAGAGCACCAGUCGCUCCGAACGACGGUUGUGCAGCACAUUAAAGACAAUUGGCGCGAGUACGAGCCGUUCGUGAUGGCCGAGUGGAACAUUUCGGAUAGCCAAGAAUACUAUGAUUACAUGAGCCUAGUGGGAACGUUUGCCAGCGAGCUGGAGUGUACCGUGGCCACAAAACUUCAUCGCAUGAAUCUCUCGAUCUAUCGCGAACUUCCCGGCAGAUACGAGCUCAAGCUGGUCUUCCAUAACCGCGUGAACGUUGGCUACGAAACCGCGAGGCUCCUGUUCACCGGAUGCUCCGAAAAUGGUCAUUACGACGUCCUGUUACCGGAUUCAAUGACGAGCUUUUUUAUGGGCGAAUAAAUUAUAUUUUAUGGCGAUUAAUAAAGAUAAAUGAUAGUUAAAAUAAUU